AUGGGACUCGACGAUUAUGUGGCGUUCGUCCAGGUGCAAAUUGUGGAAAAUGCUGUACUGAGUGGAACAGCUGGAUCACUGAUUCCGUCAGUGCCGACCGCUGCAUCGCAGACCACGAUUUCGAACGCAAAUAAUCUGAAUCCUCCUGGAGCCAAAGUCUUCGCCAGGUUGUCACCACCACAGGCAGCCGCGGCCUUUGUGGAUCAGAGGGAGAUUUUCCAGCAUGCAACUAGUUUGAUACCAGAACGGUGGUGGAUCUCUGAUAUUGGUUAA